AUGCAGUCCUCCGAGAACCCACUUACCUCCGAUCACUCAAUGACAGAUGAUAUUGAUCAUGACCUUGAUAACGCCUCGGAUUGGGAGAGCACAAACAUGGACACGCCAGUUCAAAGCUCUGAAGCCGACUACCAAAGCCUCAGAGAAGCUAUUGAGAACAGCGAUACUGCAAAAAUCGAAAGCAUCUUGGACGCGAAUGCAGACUUGCUAAACGUCUCAUUUGAUUGCGAGAUAACUGAGGACUCCGAAGCUGCCACCCUCCUAGUUACUCCGCUUGCCUAUGCUGUGGCACGUCGGCUGGUCGAUGUGGUCAAGUACUUCUUAUUUGAUCGGGAUGUUGUUGACCGACCAACUCCUACCAAAGGCUGGUCAGCACUACAUCUCGCUAUCCGCUACGAUUAUCAUGACAGCGUGGGUCUGCUACUAAGCAAAAACUCGGCAACAGACCAGCCAGAUAAUGAGGGAAUGACCCCGUUGCACCUAGCUUCUCGAUAUGGGCGUGUCGAGCUAGCUGGGCUCCUUCUGGAUACAGGUGCCAGCUUGGAUACUCUCGACGAUCAAGAAUGUACCCCAUUUCAUGUGGCUUGCAUAUAUGGCCAACUGAAAGUCCUUGAGCUGCUAUGGGAGAAAGGGUCACCAAGUCAGAUGUCUGUUGAAAACGCGUACCUCUUUAAGCCAUUGGGCUUAGCAGUCAUAAAUGACAGGCGUAAUAUAGUCCCUUGGCUUCUCAAGAAUGGCGCAUCCAUGUCACACCCAGGUGGCAAGCAUGGGAAAACUGCCCUACACUUGGCCUGUUCAUUUGGCCACUUCGAAAUGGUCCAAUUGCUUCUUGAGCAACAUGCAAACAUCCACCAAAAGGAUGAUUUCUCCAACACGCCUCUAUUGCAAUCAUGUUGGGAUCCGCAGCCACAAAUCUUCGCCUUGCUGCGAGACGAAGGUGCACUAGUGUCGGAUGUGAAUGAACAUGGCCGUAAUGGCUUUCACGCCGUCGUUUUAUCCGAUGAGCCAUUUGGAGAGGCGCAUGAAGAAGUUCUCGGACUUUUGAUCGGCUCAGGCGCUGAUAUCAAUCACCGCGACAUCUUCGGUUUUUCGCCUCUGUACCAUGCUUGCAAAAAGGAGGAGACCGGGCUUAUCGAGAUUCUGCUCAAUCUUGGCGCCGAUAUAAAUCAGAAGACUACACCUCAUGGACUCACCCCUCUUAUGGAAGCCUGCUGCAAACCAUCUAAGGAACCGGUAGAAGUUCUCCUACGCGAAGGUGCCGACACGUCCCCUGUUAACCCUCACGGGCUGACUGCCCUGUCCCUAGCAUGCCAACACGGCCAUCUCCAUCAUGUUGAUGCACUGAUGACAAAGGGUGCUGAUGUUGCAGCCCGUGACCGAGACGGCCACAGACCGUUGUGUAUUGCAGCUAUUUCCGGAGAGACGCAAGCCAUGCUGAAGAUCCUGGAAUCCCCACGGUACUACCCACUAUAUCCGGCAGAUCCUACAGAUCCAACAAGUCGAGACAUCUUCAUUACGGAUGAGCCUCAUACCUCUGAAAUCGAGGAGCCUCUACUACAUGCAGUCGAAAAUAACUUAUACGCGACAACAACGAUGCUUCAUGUCAUCAUGUACUGGGCUGUUGCUCAUGGCCGUAUCAACCUAGUCAAGGAAUGCAUAUCCCGUGACCCAGAGGCGCUACACUGGAAUCGUAAAGAGGCUAAUUGGCUGCAUGUUGCUGCUCAGCAUGCCCAGCCUCAACUUAUCACCGGUCUUCUCUCAAGCGUUGAUGCAUCAAAGAAGGCUGCGGGCAGAGUGACCGCUCUACACCUCGCUGCUGUUAGUGGCAGCUUAGAAACCGCCUCAUGUUUGUUGGAACAAAUAGGACUUCAAUCUCGAGAUCUACCAGCCAAGGAAGCAACAGCCACUGCAAUACUGCAGCGUGAUAGUCGGGGCAAAUCACCUCUCAGUAUCUCCAUUUACCUCAAGUUUGAGAGAAUUACCAAUCUCUUCUUGGACGAGAUCAAGGAAUUCGGGACUUCUAACAAGAGUUUUGGGGAAACUCGUCCAGAAGAAGCCGCUUUCAUUCUGGAACAGCUCGCUCAGUACGAAAAGCCUGGCAAUGAGAGUACCUUGAAACACCUGCUAGAGCAGUGGUCCACAGUUUCAUCCUCUAUAGAGCUUGCAAGACCGAUAGAACUAAAAAGUCCACUCGAUUGGGCUGUAUAUUGCUCCCAAGCACCUGCAGUCUGGUGGUUGCUCUCUAAGGAAGGUUACUCGUCAGAUCAUGCUAUCAACAACGCCCGCCAACUCGUGCUUUACUCGAAAGAUGCGGGCAUUGCAAAGAUUCUUGAUGAGUUACUACAAAAUCCACUCCCGGCUUUGAGCAACAUUGCGAACCCGAUCGAUGACCCUCUUCCCGAGUUACCGAGGCCUACGGACGCCAAGGAUCCUGCACUCAAAUUCCGAGGAACUAUCGUUGAAAUGUACUCCGAUGGCACAAUCAAAAGUACCCAGGAUCCAAAUCCAACAAGCGAGAAUAUCAUAUAUGGCCAGGGGCCGGACAGAAUCAUGGAGGACUCUACAGAUCUAGACCAGUGGCAUUUGAAUGCCCUGAAGAGCAAGAUCAGAGAAUUACAAGCAGCUCCCAGCUCUACUCGAGGUUCACCUAGCGCCCCCUAUUCCAAAAUCCUUCCAAAUUGUCAUGGCGAUGAUCAAAGCACCUCUCAUCGUCUUGAUAGGCGACUCCAGCUCCGUUGGAUUCACCUUCCCGUUAAUAAGUCCUAG